AUGGGGCGGGGGUGGGGAGGAUGCCCGUCUUUGUUUAAAUGCUUGGCAUUCCUGUCAUCGUGCUUGCCUUUGGACAAACACCAGGAAAGUCUACGAGCAGAUGAAGCGCGCGGAGCAGGGGCGAGGGGGCCCGGGGGCCGGCGGCAGAUUCCCAAGCUCUGCCCGCCCGGGAUCGUGGAAACGCGGAGGAGGGAAGUGUGUGUGUGUGUGUGUGUGUGUGUGUGUAGUGCGCCAGGCAGCUGGCGAGUGUUUCCCAGUCUGCUACAGCAGUCGCACUCCGGGGGUGGCGGCUCCUCCUCCGGGGCUCGGGCCGGGAAGCCGGCCUUCCCCGUAACCCUCGCGCGGCCGCCCCCCGAGCCGCUCAGUUCGGUAUCUGCAGCAUCAGCGAGAAAAGCCCGGCGCGCAGGCUCAGUGCGCACCGCCGCAGUCUCCAGCCGGGGGCGGGGGCGGGAGCCGCAGCGCCAAGGCGGCCGGCUAAGUGGCAGGAACUCCGGAGCUCCCCUACGCGGUGCAGCAACACGGGUUUAUCCCAGGGCCCGUCUCCCGCCCCUCCGCCCCGACCUCGAUUCCUCCUUUCCGCCGGCCCGAAGUCAAAGGCGGUCGCCGGCGCCGUGCAUUCCGACGCGCGGCAAUAUGGUGCAAUGCACUCAACAGCCUUCGCCGCCUUUACUAAGAUUUUGCAAACUUCAGGCAGCCGUGCGGGCAGCGACGUUGUGCACUCCUGCGUCCCCUCCAGACGGUGAACUUGAACGGGCCCCUCCGCGUCUCUGGGCCUCUGCCCGCCGCUCGGGCGCGCACCGGCCAGGCGCACACUUGAUAGGCGGCUUCCCCUCCCCGCCCCCGGAGCGGAGCGCUGCCCACGUCUUCCCGGGUGACCAGGGGGUGCGGCCCGUCCUCACAGUGCAGCGGCUUCCUCUGCGAGCGGGAGGUAGCCUCCGGCCCGCCCUCCCCACCGUCUUCCCCACCAGCUCCGCCGCGGAGCCAAGCCAGCGUGGGAAAUGGGCCCGACGUGCGCUGCAUGGAGAGCAGCGCGGCCAGACAGCCGGGACCGUGCAGCCUCCCGGCUUUGCGCCCUCCCCCGCCUCCGACCUUUCCGCAGGAGCAGCCAAGUGGCGGCGCGGUUCUUGGCGUGAGGGAAGCAACGGAACAGCCGGGGUGGGGUGCGGGGCAGGGGGCGGCUGCCCGCAGGGAGCCCCCUGGCCCUCUUCCGCCCCCUGUCUGGAGCGGCUGGCACUCCCCCUGCAAGCCUCCCGGCAGCGCGGAGGAUGAAUGGAGGCGAGAAGCCUUUCCCCCACCCCCGCCCCGUUUCCGCAGUCUUAGUGUCACAAGUGCUCAGCAAUUUCAUUAAAAGGAACCGGGGGACUUAAUCCCCCCCUGGGACCAGACCUCACCCAGGGAGUAUGAUAUCCGGCUUCGCUCCCACCCACCAUCCCCGCCCGGCUUUCAGACCCGAGGCCGGUCUGAGAGGAAAGGGUUCAGGAGGAAAUGGGAUCGAAAGUAUAACCGGCUGCCAUAAAUUAAAGCGCCUGCUGCUCCCGCUGCUCCUGCUGCUGCUGCUGCUUCGGCCGCGGCCCAGACCGAGCGGAGAGCGCGCGAGCAGCGCCCUGCAGCCUGCACCGAGUGCUAGGACGUCAUCGCAUGCAGAAAGCAAAGCGUUCGAGGCAAUGUUGAGGCUUUCUGCUUAUUCUUUGCUGUCUCCCCCUCGCCCCCUUAAAGGACAAUCAGCAAUGUCCCUUUAGACCCAAGUACAAACACGAAAUUGAAGCGUAAUGCUCUCUUGUUCUAAUAGCCAUCUGAUGGAAGCUUGGCCAGUGAUUCUUUUUUUUUUUUUUUUUUUUUUCUGUGACACAUAUCAAACCUUGAAGUUAGAAUAUUCGGUAGUUAUUCUUUAACUUUUUCUCUUGAAAAUUUACCUAGUAGCCUCUCCUGCUGCAGACUGCAGUUAAGAAACGUCAGUGCCUGGGCUGAAAAACAGCAUUCAGAGUCCGUGGAGUGUAGUUGCAACCCCCAGAAAAGGACGCGGAAGUCAGAGAGAAAGUUUACGGAGCAGAUUGUGAUAAGAAUGGAAUCCUGUGGCAGUAACACUGGGCCAGUUCCCAUCCGUCAGAAUACUCUCUCUGGAAACCCUGAACAGCCACCUAUGAAGUUCAGUUACCUAGUGACCACCAAUGUUGGAAAGGAGUCAUAUGUAGACAAUGCAGAUGCAAAGUCCAUGCUUUUCUGUAGGAGAAAGUGUCGGAGAGUACCCGUGGACAGUACAGCUCUCAGCUGUGGUCUAUGAAUGCAGUAGAAGAUGACCUAAGUCUUUGGACCCCCGAACCUGCGUGGGAGACCCAGAAGAAGCUCCAGGCUCCUGGCUUCGGAUUAGCACAGCUCCGGCCGUUGCUGCCAAUUGAGGAGUGAACCAGCAGAU